AAAGGAAUGAUCUGUCUAGUGCAAACACCGGCAAAAAUACGUCCCACUACUUUCUGCAACCUAAACGAACGAGAAGUUGAGAAUGGCGAAAAUUAGCAAGUCAAGAAGAUAUACCCUCCAAGAGGCAGUGGAAGAGUGUACUCGGCCACGUGAAAGCGACGAGUCAGAGGAGGAAAUGUCUAAGAAAGACAGUGAAAUGUCUUGCAUCGACUCCGUGGCAGAGGACAUGUUCCUAGAGGGAGGAGACAUUACUCUCGACAAGAAAUGUGAUGUAGAUAUGGAUUGGGAGCCAGCUACAUCUGCACCAGUGAGCAAGUGGCCACAUGGAGUGGAGCAGCAGGACAGUUCAUCAGGUGAGGAGCCUCAUCUUCCAACUCCCCAGAACAGCAGGAGACAAAGAGGUAGAGGACGAGGAAAAGGGAGAGGCUGCAGUCAAGCCAGAUCAACCAGCCCAUCUGAAGAGAGGUGGAAUGAUGUUGACGUUCCAGACAUCACACCACCACAGCCCACCUUCAGACCCAGAAAUGUCCCAGGACCCCAGCUCAUACGUACUGCUACGUACACAGCCCUCCAGUUGUUUCAACUAUUUUUUACCAACUCUGUUUUGAAGACAAUACUUCAAAACACCAACAACUGUGGAUCAACACACCAUUCAACACCCUCUAUCCCGUGGAUUGAUCUGACAUUGCAGGACAUGUUUGCAUUCAUGUCUUUAGUUGUUUACAUGGGUGUAGUCAAAUGCUUUUCUUUCACUGAUUACUGGCGUGGGGGUCAUCUUUAUAGCUUGCCGUUCCCGAGACGGGUAAUGACUGGUAAAAAGUUCCUCAGGAUCUCCCAGUCCCUUCACCUCAGCAGCUCUGUGGGGGAUGCUGCUAAUGAUGAAAGGAGAGGCACAGGAGCCUACGACCGCCUGGGUAAGAUAAAGCCGCUCUACGAGGAGAUGAGGGACUCCUGUAGAAGAAACUAUCACCCUGGCCAGGAAAUCGCCAUUGAUGAGCGAAUGGUUGCUUCAAAAGCCCGCACUGGUCUGAAACAAUACAUGAAAAACAAGCCUGUUCGCUGGGGUUAUAAACUCUUUGUUCUGGCAGACUCCAGGAACGGUUAUACAUGGGACUUUUUUGUUUAUGAGGGAAAGUGUCAGGGAAACAGUGGUAAGGGACUCAGUUAUGAGGCAGUGAUGGAGCUAAUUGAUGUACAGUUGCUGGGCACCGGCUAUAAGGUCUUUGUGGACAAUUUUUAUACAAGUCCAAUCCUGUUUUGUGACCUCCUUCUUAAGAGUAUCUGGGCAUGCGGAACCAUCCGCACAAACAGAAUCGGAUUCCCAAGGUCAAAGGUCAACAUUCUGGUCUCAAAAUCUCCCCUUGGCAGCAUACGCUGGAUCAGGAAUGGCUCCUUGCUCUUUGUUCAGUGGCGAGACACAAGGGAUGUUUUUCUGUGCUCAACUCUCCACAGAAUGGGCAGUGGCAGCUGA